AUGGAGACUAAGCAGGUGGUGGUUAUCAUAGCUACUGGCGAGGGGAAGAGCCUGCUGUUCAUACUACCCUGCAUCCUCCCUGAUGCUAGGGUGACGAUCUUAGUCUUGCCCCUUGUGUCUCUGCGAGGGGACCUCCUCCGCCGAGUCCGAGAGUUGGGGAUCGAUCACUUGGUGUGGGCGCCUGGCGAGCAGCAAGAUGCACCCUUGGUGUUUGUCACAGUUGAAGCAGCAUGUACGGAACAGUUUCGGACUUAUGCCCACAAGCUCGCGGCUACGCAAGACCUCGGCCGCAUUGUGUUUGACGAGGCUUACUUGACCAUCACAGCGUCCGACUAUCGCUAGGCUAUGGUUGACCUCGCCUUGAUCCGCAACGUCCGUACGCAGUUUGUUUACUUAAUAGCCACUCUACCACCGACAAUACAGGCCACGUUUGAAGAGCAGAACAACUUAGUGAAUCCUAAAGUGAUCCGGGCAUCGACGAACCGGCGGAACCUCUUCUAUAUGGUACAGCGGGCCACUAGGCUAGGGACUCUUCUAGAGGAGGGCGCGCGGAGGGCUCGGGACGCGUGGGAGAAUAGCCGGCUCUUGGAUCGGGC